AACUUUUCAUUGUUGUUGAAUUGAACACUCUUGUUGUUGAGUCAAUUCUGAACCAAUCGGCUGUUAAAUCAGUUAAGAGCAAGGCGUUUCCCAUCAUGCCCUGGGUCUUGCAGUCGGUGGAGAGCAAGUGCUCCUGAUGUCCUUAAGUUGUUGAAUCAGACAUGGAGAAACAAAUCAUUGUAGGUGUCUGUGAGCAGCCAGAGCUCUAUAGGACCUCGUUUUUUGUACAGAAACCAGGCGAAAAAAGAGCUUUCUUAGGGAAAAGUAUUCGGGGAAAUUGGACUAACGUUACCUGGUGUUGGUUGUUACUGGGUGUGGUUGUAGUUUUGCUGUUUUUGGCGAUGAUCUGUCUACCAUGGAUUCAGACAGAGACAAGCAAACCUCUGGCUUGGUACGUCACCCAUGCACAUAAAAAGCAGGUGCACGAGCACGUGCACAGAGUUUUGAAGAGUCAGUGUCGUCCCGGCAGCGCCAGGAAUCGCUUGUUAGCCCGACUUCCUGCUUCCAGUCACAUGACCCAGCCCUUCCUGUGGAAGGACGUUCCGCUCGCUGACGACCUCUUCCUGUAUCCACCGCCAUUUGGCUUCAGAAGUCUUCGGGGCAAUGUAGAGGACCUGCUGAAGUUGCUGCCAGACUCAGACUCCUCGCCACUGCCUGAAAAGACAGAUAAGUGUCGCCGCUGUGUGGUUAUGGGAAAUGGAGGCAUUCUCAAAGGCCUGGAGCUGGGCCCACUGAUCAACCGCUUUGACACCAUCAUCAGGUUAAACAGUGGUCCUCUGGGAGAGUUCAGUGUUGACGUCGGAAACAGAACCAGCAUCAGGAUGAGUUACCCAGAGGGAACACCGCGCCGCUGGAUCGACACAGACCCAGACACUGUGUUUGUAGCUGUGGUGUAUAAAAGUGUGGACAUCAGCUGGAUAUCUGCUAUGAUGAAGAAGCUCACUGUGCCUCUGUGGGACUGGCUCUUCUUCUGGCAGAAGGUUCCAGAUCAAAUCCCUCUUGAGCCCCACAGGUUCAGACUUCUAAACCCAGAAAUCAUCAGAGAGACUGCUUUGGACCUGCUGAAAUACCCUCCACCCCGAAAACGCCUGUUGGGAAACGACCAGAAUGUACCUACCAUAGGUAUGUCUGCACUGAACUUAGCCAGUGUGCUGUGUGACGAGGUGAGCCUGGCGGGCUUCAGCUACAACCUGUCACGACAGGGGGCGCCACUGCACUACUAUGACCACCUGCGCAUAACGGCCAUGCUGAAGGAGACUACCCACAACGUGGACAGAGAGACGGAACUCCUGCAAAAACUAGUGAGAGAGGGUGCCGUCACUGACUUGACACAGGGGCUCCACUGCUCCUUCUGCCCCAGCUGACCCCCCCCCCCUACCCCCCCAAGAGUCUCAGCGCUUCGCUCUUUUAAGAUCCAAGUACAGACUGUACACUAACUCAGAAAAGCAACGGGAAGACCAAAGGACUCACAAAUGUGUGAGAAAUGAGAAAGAAAAGAAA